UGCUGUCCCCGCUAAAGCACAACAUAAGCUCAAGGCUGCUGGUCUGCACGCGGCGGCCGCCAGGGCCUCAGCCGGGCGGAGAGCGGCGGGCGGGAUCGACUCGCUCGGCGCUCCCCGCCUGGGCCCGCCCCUCAGCCCCUCCGCCCGGGCAGGCCGCCGAGCGCCGAGCGGCUCGAUGAGCGGGGGCGCAGCAGCGGCGAGCGGCAGACCCAGCUCCGCGCCCACGGCCCCCUCGCCGCCGUCCUCCCCCGCCUCCCGCUCCCUGCCCCGCCCGCGCAGCGCCACCCGGCCCGGACCUCCGCGGGAGACUCACGUACGCCGCCUGCCCGGUCCCGACGGGGGAGCCGAGGGUGGUGAAUACUUACUCUGCUGGGAAAUAGGAGAGUACUUCUUGAGUGAAAAAUAUGCCUCCCAAGUUCAAGCGCCACCUAAAUGAUGACGAUGUCACUGGUUCUGUGAAAAGUGAAAGGAGAAAUCUUUUGGAAGAUGAUUCAGAUGAAGAAGAGGACUUUUUUCUAAGGGGACCAUCUGGACCAAGAUUUGGACCUAGAAAUGAUAAAAUUAAGCAUGUUCAGAAUCAGGUGGAUGAAGUUAUUGAUGUCAUGCAAGAAAAUAUUACAAAGGUAAUUGAAAGAGGGGAGAGACUAGAUGAACUACAGGACAAAUCAGAAAGCUUAUCGGAUAAUGCAACUGCUUUUAGCAACAGAUCCAAACAACUUCGAAGACAAAUGUGGUGGCGUGGAUGUAAAGUAAAAGCCAUCAUGGCUUUGGUUGCUGUUAUCCUUUUGUUAGUGAUUAUCAUUCUUAUAGUUGUGAAAUACCGUACUUGAUUUGAUGACAGAGAUCUUCAUUAAACAAAAUCUGGGACAAUAAUAAUAAAAGAUUGCUGCAUAAUUUAAAUGAAACUCAUGCAUAUAACUUUCAAAACUUCUUUUGCAAGAAACGAAGAGGCAAGUAUCACUUCAAAUUGGAACAUUGAGAAUGUCCAGUGUCUUCUUCCCUUCUAACAAAAUGUGCUUUUAAUAAUUAUGUUUAAGGCAAAGAUAGCCAGCCUCUAUUUUACCUUUUUUCAAGGAUCUAAUUUGAAAGUAGAUACUUGCCAGUUCAUUAUUUGUGUAUAUAGUUAAACACUGAUAACGAUAUGUCAUACUGUUAUUUUAAUGGCAUAGGGACUUGCAUUAUUGCAUCAAGGUGGGGGUCAGCCUGGUGGUCAGGAAGCCUGUGUAGAGUUCCAUCGAAUCGUUAUGUUAAAAGAGAUGCAUAACCAUUCCACUAAUGUUUGCAGGAUUCUUCUCACAUUACAAUUGCUUUGCAAGCAAUUUCCACAUGUUUAUGGGUGUAACAAAAGCUAAAUGUUGUAAAUGUUGCUGCCUUCAGCUAUAACUACAAACAUUCCAGUAAACCUAUUUUUGACUGCAUAAGGGAAUGUGUAGUAAUUUUUUGACAUUUGGAAUAUGGAAAUGGGGAAUUUAAACAGUGUGAAGAGCAUAGUGUGCGCCAUAAAACUGGAGAUAAUAAAAUUAUUGGACACUGUCAUUGGAGUGUUUGAAAAUGACCAACACGUAGCUACAAGUCAUGGUCCGUUCUGUUUUCAGUUAGCUUCUAAUAAAAGAGACUAGUCGUAGUGUGAGUAAAUGAAAUCCACAGAUAACUUAGUCCCUAAUUUGAUUUUUGUUAAUAGCUUUCCUCUUUAACUUCACUUAGCCCUUUACCAGAAUUGCUAAAAGUAGCAAAAUCAUCUGCCUAGAAUUUACUAUUUUUGCAUUCCCCCAUCAUCCCCUGGGAGAUGCAUCUUGUACAAUCAAGUGGCAAAUUGACUAACAAUGAGUAUAAAAAGUCAGGAGCCUAGGUAAUCUUCAGUUAGUCAGUAACCAAAUGCUAGGGUCACCGUUAACCUCCGUUUGUUUUUAUAACAAUAAAAUGUGUUAAUAACUUUA